AAGAGACACUAACGUGAUUCUCUUUUCUUUUGACUGAAAUUAUAGCCCCUUGCCACCCAAUCAGAAUGGAAACCAAUCAACUUGAAAAGCUGCUCCUUCUAAGGCAUGAUCGAGGAUGCUACUUGGAAAUUUCUCAAUAAAUGGAUAGAGUAGGAAUUAGUAAGAAAUCAGUGUGCAUCAGUUAGCAAAUACUUUGCGAGAUACUCUCUGGAGGAGAGCCUUUCAACAAAUUUAGCUUGAAACCUAAAGAAACGUGCUUGUGUCUACCAGGAUGAUAUAGAUAUUCCAGAUUCACCAGAAAGGCGGCGGGAUCAUCAAAAUAUAGGAAAUAGCGCACUGGUAGGCUUUUGUUUCUCUGUACUUCUCUGCUAUAGUUGGUGCCAUCAUGGCAAAGAACAUUCUGGUGACUGGUGGUGCUGGUUUUAUUGGAAGUCACACGGUGCUGCAGCUGCUAUUGGCGGGUUAUAAUGCAGUGGUGGUGGACAAUCUCAAUAAUUCCUCUGAUAUCGCCAUCAGAAGAGUCAAAGAACUCGCUGGCGAAUACGGUAACAACCUUUACUUUCACCAGCUGGACCUUCGAGACAAAGCAGCAUUGCAAAAGCUUUUUACAGAAACAAAGUUUGAUGCUGUCAUACACUUUGCUGGAUUGAAAGCAGUAGGUGAAAGCAUGAAGAAACCAUUGCUCUAUUACAACAACAAUCUAAUUGGAGCAAUCACCUUAUUGGACGUGAUGGCUGCAAAUGGAUGCAAAAAUCUUGUCUUCUCAUCAUCAGCUACUGUUUAUGGUUGGCCAAAGGAGGUUCCAUGUACAGAAGACUUUCCUUUGGCUGCAAUCAAUCCUUAUGGACGAACCAAGCCUUUCAUUGAACAGAUUUGUCGAGACAUCCAACAUGCAGACCUAGAAUGGAACAUCAUAUUGCUAAGAUACUUUAACCCUGUCGGUGCACAUCCUAGUGGCUAUAUCGGAGAAGAUCCCCGUGGAACUCCAAACAAUCUCAUGCCUUACAUUCAGCAGGUUGCUGUUGGCAGGCGACCUGCCUUGACUGUAUUUGGGAAUGAUUAUUCCACCAAGGAUGGAACUGGGGUACGUGAUUACAUGCAUGUUGUGGAUUUAGCAGAAGGUCACAUUGCUGCACUACGAAAACUAUGCGAUCCCAAAAUAGGCUGUGAGGUCUACAACUUAGGUACAGGAAAAGGAACAUCAGUUUUGGAGAUUGUUGCUGCAUUUGAAAAGGCAUCUGGGAAGAAAAUUCCUCUUGUAAUGGCUGGAAGGCGACCCGGGGAUGGUGAAAUAGUUUAUGCUUCAACAGAGAAGGCAGAGCGUGAGCUGAAUUGGAAAGCUAAAUACGGCAUUGAAGACAUGUGCAGGGACCAAUGGAACUGGGUCAACAAGAACCCUUACGGCUAUCAAUCUCCUCCGGAAUGGUUGGUAAUCUUCUUUCUUCUUCUGCUUGUUAUCGUUCUGGCAAACCAACAUGGACCGUAAGAUAUGUCACAAUCCAAAUACUAGUCGCUCAAAGCUAGCAUUCACUAGAAAAUCUGUUAUGUCAUAUCCUCACCCUUGGGCGUAAAGCUUAGUUAAAGUUGACAACAUGAGCACCAGAGGACUACUGCUAAGUGCUAAGCAGUAGUAUUUACUAUUUACCAACAACCCAAUAUAUGUGCUCAAACACCAUUAUUUGUAAACAUAUGAUGUUAAAGCUAAAAUAUUUUCGCCUUAACAAUUGUAACUGUCUUCAAUGUCUUAAUAGCAUAGCCCCUUUUCUGUCUAA